AUGCGGCCCUUCCUAUCUGUAUCUACAGCCCUGGCAUGGGCUUUGUCGUGGUCUUUAGUUGCAGUUUCGUUUGCCAAGCCUGUGGGUGAUUCAAAAACUCUGGUUUUGCUAGACGAUCUAGCAAACCGUUCUGAAUACUCGAUCUUUUUGGAUUCUCUCACUGCUCGUGGCCAUCGUCUCUUUGUUCAUACUGUUGCUCAAAUUUCCACUACUGUUCCACUUCUUGUCUAUGGAGAUCUUGCCUUUAGUCAUGUCGUUAUCCUUGCUUCAAAAGUAUCGACCUUUGGGGGUACUGUCGGUGUUGGAGGAUUGAUUGACUAUGUUAACGCAGGCGGAAAUGUUCUUUUGGCUGCCUCGUCGGAACUGUCCGAGGUGGUUCGUGAUUUCGCUUACGAGUUUUCUGUUGAUUUUGACGAGUCAGGCACCUCUGUAUUCGAUCAUUUCAACUCCAUCCAUGACAGUCCAUCUCAGAUUAUUUCAUCGUCCUUUACAAACAAAACCAACUUUAUCCUCUCAGAAUCUACUCGUCAAGGACCACCAGUUGUUUUCCAAGGCGUUGGUCACAAAGUGACUGGAAAAAAUAUCCUGACUUUUCCUAUUCUUACUGCAAGCCAUUCUGCCUAUUCAUACGACUCCAAAGACACCGAUCCUUUGCUAGGCGGACCUCUUUUAGGAGAAACCAUUUCUCUUGCUUCAGCUUUUCAAGCUCGUAAUAAUGCCCGAGUUGUUUUUGUUGGCAGUACAAGCCUGUUUUCAAACAAAUCCAUCUGUGGUAACGCAGCCUUUAGCGCAGAUAUUUCAAAAUGGGUGUUUCAGGAAAAAUCAGUGGUUCAGAUCACCAACACAAAACAUCAUCGUGUCAACGAAACUGAUCAACAUGGCAUCUAUCGUAUUAAGGAUGAAAUGAUUUACUCUGCCACCAUCAAGGUGUGGAGUGGAGAUGCCUGGGAACCUUUUGUUGCCAACGACAUUCAGUUUGAAGCUGUGAUGCUUGAUCCGUACAUCCGCAAGACCAUGAAUGAAUCUGAUGGUGUAUAUGUAGCCAGGUUUACACUUCCAGAUCAGUAUGGCGUUUUUAGUUUCAAGCUUAAUUAUCAACGGCAUGGACUUUCUUAUAUUUCUGCUUCAGAGACUGUUCAAGUGCGUCCUUUCCGUCACAACCAGUUUCCUCGCUUUCUGGUUGUCGCCUACCCUUAUUACGCCAACAUCUUCAGCUUGAUGGUUGCAUUUUUCCUGUUUUCUGCUGUAUUUUUAUUCAACAAAGAAGUUCGUCCAAAAACAAAAACUUUGUAA